UAAUGGCCCAACCCAUUAGCCACGCUGGCUUAUAUGCGCCUCCGAAGGUUUUUCUGUCACUUACACUGAGAAAUAUACCGUUUUUGUUUCUUGCUUUGAGGUGGGAAUUAGGAGAGCUGAAGCAGUAUCUGUAUCUCUACCUCUGAAAUCACAGACGCCUUUCUCUUUUCGCUGCCUUUUGGAGAUUCAUUAGAUCUUCGCAGCUAAGGUUGGUUCGAGAAAUUUUCGCAUUCAUAGAAACCGCAGUGUUUCGUGUGGGUUUGGCAUUGUUGAACUGAAUUCGGCUCGACGAUCUGAGGAUUUCAGGUUCUGCGAGGUUUUCUCCGAACUCAGUUUCAGGUUUUGGAGAUCUAAUUUAUAAUGAAAAAUUAAUCAUUUGCCCAAAAGAGAUCGGCAAACAAUACUGACAAUGAUAAAAAUGAAUUAUCAGGACAUGAUUAGGAUGAGAUUGGCGAUAAGUGAUGCAAACUCGAAAAUCUUUACGAUAGUCUUUGCAGGUCUAGUGGUGAUUUUUUCAGCACCAUUUUCACAUGGAUUCACCAAUCAACAAGAUGUUUCUGCAAUAAAUAGCUUAUAUGCUUCAUUGGGUUCCCCUCCCCUUCCGGGAUGGACUCAAAGUGGAGGAGACCCUUGUGGAGAAAUCUGGCAAGGCAUUCAAUGCGUUAAUUCAAAUAUUACUGGAAUAGUUCUUAAUGCUGCGAAUUUGGGAGGACAAUUAGGCGAUAAGUUAGACGAAUUUUCAACCAUCAUAACAAUAGAUUUGAGCAACAACCAUAUUGGAGGGAGUAUUCCUUCUAAUCUUCCACCCACCAUAAAAACAUUUUUCCUUUCAGCUAACCAAUUUACGGGAAGCAUCCCAACUUCUUUGUCGACAUUAACUCUUUUAACUGAUAUGUCACUCAACAACAAUCAAUUAACUGGAGAAUUACCAGAUGCAUUUCAAGUUCUCACUGGGUUAAUUAAUUUGGAUCUGUCAUUUAACAAUUUGAGUGGGAAACUACCACCUUCUUUAGAGAACUUAUCAUCUCUAACGACCUUCCAUGUGCAGGAUAAUCAACUAUCUGGGACACUGGAUGUUUUACAAGAUCUUCCCCUAAAAGAUUUGAAUGUAGAAAAUAACUUGUUUUGGGGACCUGUACCGGAGAAGAUGCUAAGCAUUCCAAAUUUCAAAAAGGAUGGAAACCCAUUCAAUACUACUACUGCUCCAUCUCCAGCAGUAUCAUUGCCUCCACCGCCUCCUCUUUCGGAGGGACCAACUCCUGGAACAACUCCUGGAAAAACUCCUGGAAAAUCAGCAAAUGGUCCAUCUAUUCAAGAUGACAACCAAACUAAGAAGAAUGGAAAAUCCCGAAAAACUACAAAAAUCGUUGCAUAUGCGUUUGUGGGGUUGAUAUUGUUUUUAGUAGCUAUUCUAGCAGUUAUGCUUUUAAUAAGAUAUUGCAGAAAGGAAUCAGAGGUUGACAAAAUUACCAGGAGGCAGGAAACUGGUGUGUAUAAGAAGCCCAGAGAAAAGCCUAAAGGCAAUGAGUCUUUGAUUCAACCAGCCAACCAAAUAGAGAAAGUUCCCAGUCCAAAGGUGGCAGUUCAGAAACCAGUAGAGGAACAUCAGAUAGAUAUGCCGGAAACAGGGUUGAUUUUGUUGCCUCCACCUGUUGAAAAAGUUGUUGUAGAGCCUGUCAUGCCUCCCAAAUUGCCAAAAGAUGUAGCUUCUCCAGCUGUGACAUCUUUCACAGUUGCAUCUCUCCAGCAAUAUACAAACAGUUUUGGGCAAGAAAACCGGAUUGGAGUCGGAAUGUUGGGUAGUGUUUAUCGGGCAGAGCUUCCUAAUGGGCAGUUUUUGGCAGUUAAGAAGCUGGACAAUGCAUCUAACAUGCUGCAGACGGAUGAAGAUUUUUUAGAUCUAGUAUUGAGUAUCUCUAAGCUCAAGCAUGCUAAUGUUGUUGAGCUUGUGGGUUAUUGCAUGGAGCAUGGGCAGCGACUACUCGUCUAUGAGUACUGUAAUAACGGGACACUUAUCGAUGUUCUCCACUCUGGUGAGGAACUUGAGAAGAAAUUAUCGUGGAAUGCACGCAUCCGAAUUGCCCUUGGAGCUGCAGGAGCUCUUGAGUAUCUGCACGAAGUCUGUCAACCUCCUGUUGUACAUCGAAAUUUCAAGUCUGCCAAUCUUCUUCUUGAUGAUGAGCUAGGCGUACGUGCCUCUGAUUGUGGUUUGGCUCCAUUAAUUAUGUCUGGAUCUGUAAGACAGUUGUCAGGAAACAUUCUAUCAUCAUUGGGAUAUGGUGCACCAGAAUUCAUUCAGUCAGGAACAUAUACAUGCAAGAGUGAUGUUUACAGCUUUGGGGUAGUAAUGUUAGAACUUCUUACGGGUCGAAAAUCCUAUGACAGUUCAAGACCUCGAGGGGAGCAACACCUGGCAAGAUGGGCCGUCAAUCAUCUUCAUGACAUUGCCUCAUUGUCAAGAAUGGUUGAUCCUUCUCUCCGUGGAAAAUACCCUGAAAAAUCUUUAUCAUGGUUUGCGGACAUCAUUUCUAUAUGCAUUCAGGCUGAGCCGGAAUUCCGUCCGCCAAUGUCGGAGAUUGUACAGGAACUCAUGCGAAUGAUGCCAAGGGAGCCCUCGAGCAGCAGAACAUCAAACAAAGACUCUUCUAAUUUGGGUUAGGAAACAAGUGAAAGCAUCAUCAGCCGAAGAUGGUGUUCAAAUGAAACACUGCUGAUCAAUUUGGAAAUCAUCAACUGAUCUUAGAAGCAGGAGCUUUUGAGUGUCACCUACAAUGAACCGUCAUGCUCUGUUUAACAACCUGUUAUCCAGGUGGGUCUCGUAGGGGCACCAAAUUGUCCCAUUUCCAUGUCCAUUUCUGUCCAUUAUUCUUUCGCUUCAUUACCAAUGAUUGCUGUCACUUAUUUAACUAGGAUUAGAUUUCAACCCUGUAAAAGUGCUAGUCAAAUUAUUUAAAUAUUAUUUUAUGAGUGGCCAAUGCGGUUUAUUUUAUUUCA